AGAACUGCGCGUCUUGUCUGUUAACCAAUGCAGGCACCAUGUCGCGCGUGUUGUGCGAUGGCUGUGCGUGAGGUUGUUUUGUUCCAGUGGCUGCUGUGUUUUUCUCACUGAAGUGUUUCACUGUCAAAUUUUAAGUGAUUUUGAGACGACAGCGAUGUCUACAGAACGAUAGUGAUUGAAGUGCUUGUAACAGUCGCCUAUGCAGUUUGGUGUGGAUGAACACCUUUCCCUGGGUCGGUGCGUGCGCGCGUUUUGCACUGAAAAUGCUGCCUGGACCGCGUCGGUAAAAUGCGCUCGUGGGUUAUGCUGGAAAGUUUUGCUUGUUGCUACCGUGACUCAGGAGCAUAUGAUUCAGCCCUGCAGAGCUUUGGCUGUCAAAAUGUGGGCAAAACGCCAUAACUCCUUGUGAAUAGCGACGGACAAGACGAGCUCGUUCUGGUUGGAACAAUGAAGUGAAUGUGAAAGGUGAAAUAUGAAGUCAGCUUUCAAAGAACGGCAGCUGUCCGAUUACUCGGCAACAUCACAGCGGCCUAAGCGUAAUGCUUCUACAAAAGGACUGGGAUGCAGCAAUGGUCUUCACUGGAUGGAAGAGAAGCAGCUGAAGAAAGCGCUGUAUGCUUCACUGAAUGAAACCAAAAAAGCUCGGUUGUUGGAUGAGAAUACAUCAGAAGAUAGCCGGGAGCAGACGCCCAAAACUUCAGUAAGCGCAGUUGUCACAAAAAAGGCAACUGACACCGAUUCUAAAAGGAUAAAAGUACAUGCUCAGCGCAAGUUUGCUCAGGGUUCCAACCCAAGCAGUCCCAUGCCAACGCCAGUCAAGCUUCUGCCACCAUGUCGAGACGCUAGAGAGACAGUGAGCCAACCUUCAACACUGCUGCCCUGCAAGCGGAGACCAAAAACAGAAGACUUCCUUACAUUCCUUUGCCUCAGAGGCACAAGUGCUCUUCCACCUGCACUUGACUUUAUGAGUGGCACAGCUUUUCCUGGUUCAUCGUCCUCUUCGGAUCGAAGUAGCAGUCCUGAUCUUGAUGCACCAGUGACGUCAACCAGUGCUGAGAUUAAAGAUAGGGGUGCCAACGCAAAUUCACAUGGGGGAACUACUACUGCUGAGCUGCGCAGUGCAGCACAGCGUACUUCUGCACGUGUGUCGAAACAGGACCGACGACCCUUGAGGCUUGAUAAUGGGGAAGAAAAGCAAGGGACCGAGCAUAGAGCCAGCCGGUCUGCCACAGUGAAGAAGAUAGACAAGAAGAAGGUUGCACCUGAAAAAUUGAAGGAAGCAUGCAAAGCUGGCAGCAUUUCAAGAAGUCAUGGCAAGCCAAGUGCAAACAUGGCAGCACUGCAAGAGAAGUACAAACAGCGGAGGAUUGCACAGCGGUCUGCACCAUCUAGAAAGCCAUCAGCUUUAGGUCUUGGAGGAGGACAUGCCCUCAGGUCGCAAGCCACCCGUGAAGCGUCUCACUCAAGUUCAAAGGGGGCACUAAAAACUUCAUGCGUGAAGCCAAGGGAACAGUCAACCAGUGUGCCAAUAAUUCGACACCAGAUUUCAUCAAAAGAUGAGGAUAUGGCUGCUAAGAACCGAUUGGUGCUGAAAAGGCAGUUGAGUGUCCAGCUGACGCGCCUUCACCCACGCAUUGCAGCUGGCUUGCGAUUGCCCAUCAUGGCCAAUACAGGAACCGGUGUUGUUACACGUAGGCGCUCUGUUGGGAUUACACCACAUUUACGCAAAGCCAAAAUGGUUCCACCAAUUGUAGACUAUGAAUCGGAGAGUGAAAAAGACCUGUCGCCAUUGUCCCCUCCAAGGUCCCCUGUCAUCGCUGUUCAGCCAAGGUUACGAGCUGCAGGAAGUAAGACUCUUAACGCAUCACAGAAGCCAAAGGGCAAAAUUACUGCUUCAGCACCAGCAUCUAAGAAGAAGCCUACUUCUGUUAUUGCUAGGAAGCUGCUUAGUCGUGCCACAACAAGGAUGCGACCUUCAUCAAAAGCUCGCAAGGCUACUAGAUGUGCAAUGUUCAGACGCAAAACACGAAGCCUUGGUCCUGUAAAGGAAUAUCCGCUUGUUCUGGCUCUACCAACCAAGCGUGGAGCAGGUCGCUUCGGUGGUACAGUUUCAAAAAAUAAAGCUGACGAGCUUGCUGCGAGGUUUGCUAAAUCAAAAGCUCCUUUGACAAAGUGCAGUGAGUUAGUGCCAAUCUCAGCUAGAGCCAGCUCUGUAGCAGUAGAACAGAAGAUUAAAAAGGGCACAAUAUUCAGGCAUAAUGACAGCAUGGUAAAACGAUCCUCUCGUAGGAAUUCAAGCGAGUGUUUAAAGGAUACACGAAGCUUGAGACAGAGGGGUGAGGUUUCUGCUGCACAGUGUACACGUCAAACUCGUAGAGCAUCCAUUGGAGUGUCUGAAGAAGCACAGAAGGCCACUGUUGCAAAGAGACGUAGAACGGAAGGUAGCACUAGCACCACUGUGCCAAAUCGUGUGUUCUCUGACAGUGAUGAUGAACCUCUUAUCAAAAUGGCUGGGCGCCUAUCUGAGAAGAAAACUGGGUUGGUAGAUAAGGCAACAGAAGAUUCUAAUUCACAACAGAAUAAAUCUGGUUCUGCUCAAAGAUAUGGCGUUUUGUGCUUGCCGGCUCCUGGAAUUCUUUCACGCAGAAAAGCAGCGUCUGCUAAAAGCAAGAGUAAGCCCCCUCAAAUUGAUAAAUCGAAAUUGUUCAAGACAAGCCUGUCAUCUGAGGGUUUUUCAGAGCCAUCACCAUCAUCUCUGUCAGAAACCAUUGCAGAUGCUGCAGGAGACCCUCUUGAUACUAGAGCACACUUUGAAGAUCUGGAAUCAAUGUCCGGAGGUGUGGAGGCCUUAGAUGCCCUUGCAGGUGAAAUCUCUCAGGUUAUGUCAUGUCGCUUAAGUUUUGGCAGUGCACAGGAAAUUCAGAGUUUAAUGACAAGUGAGUUCUCUGGUGCUUUUGAUGAAAAUGUUACCGGUGCCAUGCUUCUUGGCACUCAAGAUAGUCGGUCGGCAUCUUUCGAAGGAGGCUUGAAUCUUCUGAAACGGGAUGAUACACCAUCUAAAAUUGAUGCGUCAACAAACACGAGCGAUGAAGGAAUGGCUCUGCUUGCAGCCUCAACACCUGAGGAAGUUGUCAUGACGCCAGAAGAGGUGUCUGUUGGAACACAGACCGGCAUAUGCACAGACGGGCUAAGCAAUGAUGCAGGUCUUCAGGCACUGCAACCAACUGCAAGGAGGCUCUCCUUUACUACUUCGGAAGCAAACAGUGUAGCAGCCCAAGAAUUCAGCCCUGAAAUACAGAAGUCAUCCCCUGCAUCACCAAAAUCAAAACCUACAUCGCCAGUGCAAAAGCUUGUGCCUCCUCUAAAUUGCUCGACAAUGUUUGAUGCAAGAGCAGACCAUACAAGUGUGGACCUAGCAUUGGAAGUCAAUGCUAGGAACAGUUCUAAGCAAACUAAUACUUCCUUAUCUGCGCAUGCUCCCAGUUCAAAGUUGGGAGUGGCAAAGGCUGUGCCAGAAAUGAAAGGGCUUCAUAUAUCUGGUGCAGCCAAGAGAACCACUGUUGAUGCGCCAGUACAAAGGCAUGGCUCACUCAAUCCAACGCUUGGAUCGAGGGCAAGCGUUGUAAGAGCAAGCGUUGCAAGAGCAAGUGUUGCAAGAGCAAGUGCUGCGAGGGCAACUGUUGCAAGGGCAAGUUUUGUGAGAGCAAGUGCUGCAAGAGCAAGUGCUGCAAGAGCAAGUGCUGCAAGAGCAAGUGCAGCACGAGCAAGUGCAGCACGAGCAAGUGCUGCAAGAUCCAGUGCUGCAAGAUCCUGUGUUGCAAGGUCAAGUGUUGCAACGGCAAGAGCUGUGAGAACAAGUGCUGUGAGGUCCAGUGUUGCAAGAGCAAGUGCCAGGGCAAAUGUCACGAGUGAUACAAGGACCAGUGAUACAAAGGCAAGCAAUUUGAGGGCAAGUGAUGUUGAAGCAACUGAUGCGAGGACAAGCAAUGUGAGAGCAAGUGUUGAAAGGGCAGGUGAUGUAAGUGCAGGUGAUCGAAGGAUGGGCAUUGCAAGGGCUCCCAAACCUUGUUCUGCCAAAAUGGCAUUCACUUUUACUAAAUCUGGACCUUCCAAAAGGGGCAAAGCAGCCUCAGACGAGACCAAGAGGAUCAAACUGACACCUUUGGACAGCAAGAAGUUUCCAAGUGUGUAUGACCCAGCGUGCCUUGUGGCUGCUCCUACAUACAGGCCCACAGCGGAUGAAAUGCGGGAUCCUAUUAGCUACAUUACCAAGAUAAGACCAGAAGCAGAGAAGUUUGGCAUCUGCAAAAUUGUUUUGCCACCCUCUUUCCAGCCUGAAUGCAAGGUGUUUGAUGACAUGAGAUUUACUGCUUACAAUCAGUACAUUCACAAAAUGCUUUCAAGGUGGGGCCCAAAUGUGCAGCACAUGGCUUGCAUCAAGCGCUGUUUCACUAACCAGGGUAUCACUGAUGACCAGCCGCCUUUGAUAGGUGGCAUAGAGCUGGACCUCUCUCAUCUAUACCACACGGUGCAGAACUUUGGUGGUAUACAGCAGGUGAUGGAAAAAAAGAAAUGGCACAGGGUAGCUGAUGCCAUGCACAUACCCAAAGCUGCACAAGACAGGGUGUCAAAAGUGGACGACGCCUAUUGCAAGUUUGUCCUUCCUUAUGACCUCUUGUCGGUCGAUGAGAAGAAGGCAAUUGAACGGCAAGUCGUGGCAGACAGAGACCGUCAAAUGGCUGCUGACAGUGAACCGUCGUCCACAUCAGCAGAUGAAGAAGAGGAGGAGGAAUUCAGUAAUGAGUGUGUUGCAAAGGUAUCGAGGCACUUUGCCAGUCGUGCUUCGCACGGACGCAUGAGGCAACCGCCAGCAUGGACGGACCAAAGCAACACACGCAAGGGCCGCAACAUGUCAUUAAGUGUGUUCUCCAGAGUAGCUCGCAACACAAUGUCAAUGUGGUACAAGCAUGAGCCUUCAACGGAGGAAGUAGAGAAAGAUUACUGGAACCUGGUAAUAGACCAGAGGCGUCAUGUCUGCGUCCAUGCAGGAAAUAUUGACAGCAGUGUUCAUGGCAGCGGCUUCCCAACUAAUCGGCUUGUCCAAUUCGCCAAGAAGAGGAAAUACACAACCACGAGCAGGCAUCCAUGGAACCUGAAGGUGCUCACCAACAACCCAGGAACUGUUUUACGCUGCAUGGGACCUGUGUCAGGGGUGACAAUUCCAACAUUGCACCUUAGUAUGCUGUACACAACCGGCUGCUGGUACAGGGACCCUCACUGCUUACCAUGGGUUGAGUACCUUCACACUGGUGCAAACAAGAUCUGGUACAGUGUUCCUGCACAUAGCUCAGACCGGUUUCGUGCAGCGAUGAAGGAGAUAAUGCCACAGGUUUGCAAGGACAGUGUUAUCUGGCUGCCUUCAGACUGUGCCAUGGUGCCUCCUCCUCAGCUUGUGGAACAUGGCUGCCCCUUGAGCCGUUUGGUCCAGGAGAAGGGGCAGUUCGUGGUCAUUUUUCCAGGCGCCUUCACCUCCACCAUUGCAUGUGGCUACUCUGUGUCCGAGUCUGUCUAUUUUGCCACCCAAGACUGGUUACUCCAGGCAGCAGAAUGCUUCGAGCACAUGAAAGCGAGCUGUGAACCACCGACAUUCUCCUUUGAAAAAUUGAUCUUGGGAAUUGCGACUGAACUUCGAGAGAGCCUAGAGACCUGUCGUUGGACCCUUCCACUGCUUCGAAAAAUGUGUGAAAACGAACAAAGGUAUCGUACCCAGCUUGUGGAGAUGGGUCUGAAGACAUUUGAGCGCCUUCGCUUUGAUGAAGCGGCAGACCCAAGAAAAGCAAAGCGGCCGAGGCUACGACCUGACAAUCACGAGUGUGACUUUUGCCGCAUCAGCUGUCAUGUCUCCAUGGUUGUGAGCAUGGAAGAUGACAUCUUGUACUGCCUAGAGCAUGCUGUGCAUUGCCUGCAGAGGAAAAACAUGAAGUCUUGGAAACUUCUUUAUACCUAUGACAUGGAUGAGCUCAGGUCCAUCCUGCGGAAGCUUGAGCAGCAUGUAGAGUCCCAGGACACUUCUCAAAUGAAGGUGGACUCUGAAUCAUCUCCACUGAAGAAAAAAAUUGCCAAGAAGAAAUGAACAGAAAGAAAUCAUCAGUCGAUACUGGAUGGUUCAUGGUGUAUAUUCCAAGGAAGUGUAUUGACACUGAAGUGUUACUAGAUAUCAUGGGGACAGCCGUUAUGUUCCGUGUCAGGAGCAGGGGUGAUACCAGUAUUUUUCUUUUUGUCUGGGCGGGCGGGGGGUGUAACAAGCAUGAUUCUCUAUUUCCGUUGGGGGUGCAGCAGGGUAUAGCACUCUGUCACUUGGCACUUCAUAGUUGUAGGAGAGGGGUGAUGAGGAGGAGGAAAAAAGACCGUGUUAAAGGGCCCCUCACCAGGCCCCAUAGCAAAUUUUAGUUAUAUGCUGGAAGUUGUUACAUGUCCUCUAAGGAGCGUUCUGCCGCAAAACUUUUUCAAAUCGGCUCAUUAAUAGCCAAGAUAAAGAUAUUUCAGUGCCGUGAACCCGUGACUUCAGUAGGCGGGCUCCACUGCCAAGCAAGACGCCCUCUCCACUCACCCCGUCUAGCCUACGCAAGCGAAAUUCCUUCCCUGUGUUCUCCCAUACUGGACCUCAAGAAUCGUGUGACGCACAUGUCACAGGCCCCGCCUAACACGACUAGCGGUAUAAUUCAGUGCUACACGAAUACUGAGGCAGAACAAGCGGAUCGCAGAGCAGGAUCACGUGCUGGAACAUGGUAGAAUAUGGCAUAGUUUCGGUACCUGCGCACAUGGCCGCACGAUCGUGGGAACAAGCAGAUGAAGCAGAAGUACAUCUCUCUUGCUUCGGUGCGAAGUAAAGCAAAAAACACACUGACACUCCGUUUGUGUGUUUGUUAUUUUUCUAAACUUCGAUUCGUCAAUUCAAGCAACAUAUUGCACAGGUAACAGAUGUCUUAAAUAAUUCUCGAAGUCGCAUGUCACCAUGAGCGACGUCACACUGCGGACACGAUUACGUAGGCACAGGAGCCCGACUACGUCACCGUCCCUCUCCGGGUGGAUUCACCGCGAGUGAAGACUGAAACGGCAUUCAGAGUGAAAUUUCAGGCCUUUCCGCGGUGCGUAGCGAUGUAAUACUUUGCAGACACUAUUGUUAUCGUGCAAUGUAUGCUCUGCACUUUUCAGCUCAAAAUGACCAGACCUGGUGAGGGGCCCUUUAAGGUGGUCGGCUGCUCCCACUCUUAGAACUACCCCUGGUUUAGAGCUGAUUGCUGCAUGGUGCACAAAAGUGUUCGUUUUGCUUUAAAAGCUGAGGAGUGAGUAGACAUGACUGCUCUUUUGUCUGCUUCACUGGUUGUCUGAGCUCUAUGUCAGCUACUAACAGAGCCAAACCUUUCAAGUGAAACAGAAUACACGAAGCACAGGACUGUGAUAUAGCUGCAUUGGUAAGGUUACCUUUAAACUCAAGGUGACAUGGUAUGUUUAUGUGCAACUGUACUAGUAUAUUGCUAUUUUGCAUAUUUCAUGCCUCCUAAUUUUCAUGAAGUUACAUGUUACUGCAGCUGGGUCAUAGCAUCAUGGGUCAAUUACAUUUUGUUACUUUUGUAUGUGUGAACUUAAUUACUUUGUGGCUCAGUGAAUGUGCUUUCUAAUGUAGUUAUAACCUUGGCAUCAUUGUUGUUAGGUUCAGCUUAUUUCUUUAGGUGUGUUAUGUCAUGGUUACCUGGUGUGCUUCAUUUUACUACUGUGGUAGCAAAGCUACUUUACUUCCUAUUUAAUUUUUUCCAAUGAUUCGAGCACAAAUAAAUGGUACAAGAAAUAUGCACACACAGACAGGACAACGCCCUUAAAUUGUGUUCUUUCUUUUAUAAUGCUUAUUUGCAAUACUGCCGUCAUAAGAAAUUGCAAUAGCAACUGGCCCAGGACCUAAAUGUGCUUUGUCAGUCUGUCAGCCUUUGUGUCGAAACAGCGCUAGUGCUAGUGCUAGUGUCAGUGCUAGAAGAGAAUAUGGUUUUGGCUUUGGAUUGUAGAAUUCCAUUUCAACUGCCUUCCACUUUGACAGCCCUACAAGUCACAUCUGUUGAAAAACCUGUUUUUGAGCCAUCUCAUGUGGUUUUACGAAAGCUCAAUAUAACAUAAUUCGCUGGUGUGAUAGUUGUAAAGGGAAACACUUGAUCAGGCUAAACUCGUAGAUUGCUCUUUCAGUAUUUGGUCAGCAUUUGUUCAGUGCAGAAAGGAUUGAUUAUAUUAACUUUGCACCUAAGCUACUUCACUGAUAAUGUUGAUACAGGAUUAUAUUUUCAUGUAUUUGCUCCGUCUUUGCGUAAGUGCCCACAAAAGUUGCUAAGAUGCAUUUUUCUCAUUUGCGGAUGUGGUGUACUAAUUAACAUUUAACUAGCCUCUUCCACACUCUGUCACAGUCUGCAGUGCCACAAGGAAUUGGUGCGAAAGGUGGCCUCAGUAUACAUGUGCUUUUAUGCCAUUUUCUGGCAUACAAAGCUUCCACUCAGAAAUAGUGACCUAUUCCGUAUUUAUGUUUGUAGUGAUUGGGCACUUGUAACUUCGUAUUUUCUGCCAUGUCCCUUUAAGGGGGGAUAGGGGUUUGAAAGCUGUCUUUUUUACUUUUAAACCAAAUUUGAUAAAAAGUUGGCAAGCUUGUUUAGUUUCUUUUGAAUGUAAAAAUGAAUUUCUUUUUUCAGGUUUAUUAUUGCUUAAGAUUAUUUUAAAAAUACUUUUACUUUGCUUUUUGAACAAUUUACAAUCAACAAUUGCACAUAAAUAUACAACUAGUAUAUGGAUAAAUACUGAAACGCAUAAGGCACACAAUGAUGGAAGCACUUUUAUGAUAGGGUCAUUGUUUCCUAUUUCAUAGCACACUGAAGUCCAAUGUUUUGAACAUGAACAGACAGUAUUCACACAAAAAAAAAACAAUUUAAAAUAUUUAGAGCAAAAUUUUAAAAAUCUUCCCCUAUCAUUGUGUGCUCCAAACAUCUGACUCCAUGCUGAAAAGAAAAAAAUGUUAUAAAUGACCUCAUCCUAAAUGAUGAGGUGACCUAAAGGGGCCCUGAAACACUUUUGAAACGUAAUAAAAAAAAAUUUUCCCAAUCUGUUAACGAGACUUGUGAAUAUGUGAGACAGAUAUUGCACUGUAUGCUACAGCAGAAAAUUUACAAUCUCGUGUCAAAAGCGGUGAACAGUCGCUUGCUCUUGCAUCUGCUACAUUGUCAUCGAAAGCAGUUUGCCAACCAACACUAUUGGCUGCUUUUGUUAUCGCGAGAACAUUGUCAGUAAUACAUAAUUGCUAAUUUUGAGUUAAAUAAAUGAAAAUAUAUGUAUAUCUGCGAUCUCAAAAAGACCAAAAAAUAAUUUAAUCUUUGCACUGCACAUAGCUGUGUCUGAUGCAUUGGCCCCUUAGAUGACAGCGGCAUGCUGCAUAGCGUAGUCUACUGCAACCACCAUGGGGUACUGUGACCAGUGGCGUAGCUAGGUCGUCUGGCACCCGGGGCCCAUAGGUCUUCUGUCACCCCCCCCACCCCCACCCCCGAGUGUAGCCGGCAAAAAGAGGGGUGUCUUCAGACGUAUAUGACACCCCCCCCCCCCUCCACAGGCCCCUUGCACCCGGGGCCCACGGCCCCCCGGCCCCCCCUAUUGCUACGCCACAGACUGUGACAAGCCCUUUCGUCGCCGCAACACUCAACUUUUGUCUGGAGCUUUGCUCUUUUGCCUUUUCCUGUGUAGCUUCUAGCGCGCUGGCAAAGACUAAAAGAGAAAGCCGGGUAUCGGUAUGAUAACUCCACUUAUAGUUGAAGGAUUGAAAACAUUGUUCUGGCAUGAGAUUCAUGGGACGGCAUACUUUAAUACUGAAGCCAUUGUAAGAUUAGUUAAAAACGUGUUUCAGGGCUUCUCUAAAGUUCAUUGUCCAUACACAUAUUUAGUAUAGCAUUGGUUGCAUCUGACUGCUGUUGCUGGUUUCCACUAAACAAUGCAGGAUUGAGCUGGAUGUUUUGUAUUGAUGUCCCGUUUGUUUGAUCACAUAUUGUGUGACUGUCCUUAGUAUGAUGCACAUUAACACACAUUAUCACAACACCUUAUCAUUAUCCAACACAUUAUCAUGAUUGGAUGAUCGGAUUUGAAGUGCAGACUUCCUGGAACAGCGACCUCAACAUUUAUCAACACAAAAGACUUUGCAGGUGCUACUGUGUUUUUAGGUUAACUGGCUUGUGUGAUCACAUUUGACCUCCUGACAUUUGCAAUGUGUGCGCAUGUGUUCAGGUAACCUUCUCUCAUUUCUAUUCCAUUUUCCUCUGUAUAGGAUAGCUAAUCGGGCACUUUAACUACCUCUCCAUAUUUCUCUCUUUCUCUCUCUUUCCAUUUUCUUGACUAAUAAGUGUAAUACCUAUGAUUGCAAGGAUAGCUGUAGCCCCAUGCAGGUGCUUUUUCUUGUAGAUAAGGGGAAGACUGCAGAAAACAAUUAUCUUUGGAUGACUUUCUCUGAGCAUAGGGUAAGAGGUAUUUUUUGUCUGCAGUAUUAUGCUCUGCAGCGGUAAUGAAAAGUCUAAUUUUGAAAUUAUUCAUUAAGCUGUGCUUUAUCAGAGUUUGUACAGCUUUAUAUAUGAAGCAAUAUAAAUUUCAUUUGUGUCAUUUGUAAAUUUCAGUGUCAUUGCUUGUGAAGGUGUGAAGCAAAUUCAGCACCAUGGUUUCCUUAAUCGUUGUCAGACACGUUUUUGAGGGCACACAUUGAGAAGCAAGACAAACCUCUGUCUCUGUUGCUCACCACUUUCACAUAACGUGAUUGAGAUAUUUCAAAUUUCCUGUAUAAAGGAGUAAAAUUAAGAGCACGAAACGGGAAGUGUUGCCGCUAUCACUAUUUAUUGGAACUACAUGGACUCACAGGAACGGUGGCUUGUCACGUGUCUCAGAGGAGACCCAAGCUCUUUUUUUGAUGCAUUUGUAAUUAAGGUAAGAAACAUGUCAUUCUUAACUAGGUCAUUGAGGUAAAAAGCAGCUGUAGCAGUUGUGGUAUUAAACUUUCGAAUUUUGGGCCUAACCAUCGUGCCUUGGCAGGAGCUUCACAUCUAAGUUUUGAAAUGCCCCUGAUCUAUAUUUUAUGCUCUGGUGCACACAACUAUUGCCAAGCUGCUCUGUAAAUAGCAUGUUCAUGUUAAAGGUUACAGUGCUUGGAGUUGUGUACAUAAUACUGUUAAACUGCAUGCAAGCCCACUUUUCAUGUAGAUAUGUAUUUUAAGCGUUUGUUAUUACAGUGAAAAGGCAAAACGGGCAGUAAUCAUAAAAAAUGAAACUGUGCUCUUGCAACCAUAUAAGCGCACACAAGAAUAAGGGCUCCAAAGGUGUGGAUUUCAACGUCCUUGCACUUUAUGCUUUUACAUUCACCCCGACCCCAUUAUUUUAAAAUCGCUUAAUACAGAGAGAGUCCACUGACACACAGCAAAAUAUUGCUAAAUGGUGACUGCCACAUAGUUUUAACAUUUCAGGGAACAUUUAGUGUUGAGGAGGCUUGCCAAAAUGUUAACCAGUCGUAGCACCUGCCUACAGCUGCUUAUUAUGUGCACAUUUUGUUGCUUUCAACUUUUGGAUGAGCAAAUGAAAGGCGAGAAAAAAUUUUGGAAGCAUUGGUUUAAUUUCUUACGGAAUACUAGCAGCAGUUUUUUCGUGCAUAUGCAAAUGUUUUGCAUUUUCAUCUGUAAUAGUUUGUUGUUUCAGUGCUUAUAGCAUGUGAAAAUCAACUUUGUUAAAAAUGUAAUACCAAUUGCUUCUAGAUUGCACACACUAAAAAAAAUUUCUGAACAGUUCUCGCUCUACAUAGUUAAUCAGCAUUGUGCAUGUUAUUUCAUGCAUUAUAUUUAAGACAUUGUCACCACAAAUCAUUAUUUUGCAUUGCAUUCCACUUGUUCAAACUGAAUCCAUGACAUUUUCUUCCUUUGACUUCUAUAUGCAGCUUCUUUUUACACGCACAUAUUUGUAUGUUAUCACUGCAGUUAAUUUAUAACCUGAUGAUCUGACUAUGAUUCACUGAGCUGUCAUUCCAGUAUUAACUUUCUUGUUGUAAUUUUAACAGACAUGAUUGUCAGGGACCUGUUGUGAACUUACGUAUGAAAAUUCUGUAUAAAAUCUUUACCAAUGCCACAUUUCUUUCUUAUUUUAAUGUAGCUUAGCUUUACAGCAAAGAAAAGUGGCCUUUUACUUUUUUUUGUUUUGUUUGUUUCAUUUGUACAUAGAAGGAAUUGCUAUGGUGAAUACAGUAUUUACUUUUUUUUUUCAUUUGUGCAUGUGUGUGUGUGUGUGUGUUGUGGAGGUUUUUGUUAAUGAUUGGUGCGUAAUGUGGCUAGUGUUCACCUUGUGUCAUUUGUAAGAGACAUGCAUGAAUUAACAUUAAGAUGUUCUCAUACUUCCUCUUUUUUUCUUGGAGAUUAUUCAUGCAAAGAAAUUCUUUGGCCUGAAGGCAUAUGUGCCUCUUUUAAAAAUAAAAAUGCCAAGGGCCAAGAAAAACAUAAUUGAUAUUAAUGCAUUUUGACCAAGGGGAAGGCUUUGGCCUAUUGUCAGCAUUAGUAAAAGCAUCAAGCCAUGGCUUGCACGCUUUAACAGUGUACAAUCAGUUUACUUAUCAAGUUGAUCCUGCCUUGCAGUUCUUUUUAUUACAUUCAGUUGUCUUUCACAUCAUUAUGUCACAGAAUAAUUUAGCCUGAUACAUAUUGAGCUGUGGGAAAAUGUAGGACAACACAUGCAGAAACAUCAAUCAAGUACUCAUUCUUUGCACUUUGUUUGGAAAACAAAAUAUAUUUCAUAUUAAUAUGCAUGUGUGGCCAUCAAGAGACAAGAUGGGAGAAUCAGAUAAUUGUUUUAUCCAGCAUAUUUAUAGAAAGUGAUGCCUCCUUUUAAUGUUCUGUAUUUGUCUGCAAACAUUUGGGCUUCCUGAAUUGCAAGUUCUUCCCAGAAUGUACUGUGUAACAUUAAGUGUGGUCAAAUUGUAAACUCUCGUAGCACAAGAAACUUAUAAUGAUCACAGACAAAGGUUUCAUCCACUUGUGCAGUAGUGAGAGAAACGGCUUGAGAAACAUCAAGGGCGGCACCUCUGGUAUAAGUAAAGAUUGCACUCCAGCUGUUAUAACCUAGAUUUAUGUUUCGGAUGUUGAUAAAGCUGUGUGCUAUGCAGUUACGCUACUGGUAGCCAGUACAAACAUUGCUUGCUGAUUACUUUAUCUAACUUAGCACACCAGGUUUUUCAAAUGGGCUAAGCACACAGAACUUUUCACUGAGUAGUGCUUUCGAAUUGUGCAAGCUUUGCAGUUUAGUCAUCACCUGUGUCUGGGGUUCAAGGUUACCACAGUAAACAGUGUAGGAGCAUCAACCAAAUUAAAGUUUUUCCAAUCCAUCAACCAACUUGCAUUGCCGCAUCAACUAUGACUUGAUAAUAUGCUGUUCAGAACAUGUUGCGCAUUCAUGGCGAGUUUGCUGGAGCUUCAUACAAUGGCUCACAUGCAGUGAUAUCUCAUUCAUUUGGUGCUGCAGUGAUAUGAGCUAUUAUAUUAUUUCGUGGUUUACUUUGGAGUAGCGAGAACAGCACUUGGUUGGUGCCAAACUAAGCAAAGGGGAAAAUACUUUGCAUAAAAGGGGUCAUGUGAGCUUGAGAACACAAAAUGUGUAUGCCCAGCACAGUCUUAAAAAUUUCUUGGCAUCUAGAUGAGGCAGCUGUGUAGUUUCCUGUACACUUAGUAUGCAUGGUUUGUAGGCAAUAGGCACAGUAAUGCUUGUUCAGAUGUUGGGUGAACAUCCCACAAACUUUUGUCCCCGUCUCCAUUUCAAUGUUUCUUUUCUACUCUAAACACUUUUCUACUCUGCGUUUACAGGAGUGAUUUAUUCAAGGCUCAAGGCCUUAGCUUUGAAUGUAUCUUCUGAUAAAAUAUGUGCUAACACCUUUUUCUCUUGACAUUUGUUGUAUAUAAAUGGACUUCUCAAGAGAAUUUUUCUUCUCUGUGUGUAAAGGGCUCAGUUGUAACAGAAAGCAAAUGUUAAACCUGACUCAAGGUCUAACACUGCUCAUUUUUAGCAUUCAGCUGCUGUUCUUUUUUUUUUUAUCUGGCACAAAAUAGCAUCACAGUUCUUAUUUCCUCUCUUUUUAAUAGUCGUGAAGUGCUUUUAUUCAUGUAUCUGUGAAAACAAUAGUCAGCUAAGAGAUUUUGAUACUGCCAUGCUUAUCUUGCUUAGAGAGGGCUGUUUUUAUGAUGUUUAAUACUGUGGGGAAUAGCAUGCAGCAUGUCUAUUAUAUAUUGUCAUUUGACACAGGAAAACGGAGAUGCAUGUGGUUGCCACAGUUGUGAAAUGUUGUUAACGUUUAUUGUAAACAUGCUGGCUAUGUAAUUCGAUGAGACACAUGAAACUGAUUUUUGAUAUUGUGCUUUAAAGUGGUUUGCUUAUGUUAUAUUUAAGCUUUAGGCAUGACUUCUUGAUCUCUGAAUGUGUGUAUAUGGGGGGUAAGCAGCAUUCAUGGGUGCUUUGCGUUUUAUGUAAUCACCUAUGUAGCUAGCAGGUUGUUCUACAAUAACAGGGUACAGGUAAUUCCUGGUUCUAGAACCACCACUGUACAAAGCCAAAGACAGUCAUAACUUCUGUUAGGACUGCAAAGUAGCUCUCGAGUGAAAAUGUUGCUGUCAGAGCUUUUUGCAGAACUGAAAGCCAGUGUCGCAGAAUGCUAAGUGCUCACAGUAGUGCCUAAAUCUUGUGUUUGCACAAGCAGAUUAUAUUGGUACCAUUGACCAUGCUCUCCUUCACUUUUAAAUGUGCAAAUUAUGGUUUUAGUCUAGACUUGUGGGAAAUAUGGCAUUUAUUGCUAUUGUUAUGCCCAGUUUUUCCGCAUGGCCAAACAGUUCACAUUUCAGGCAUUGUGCUUCAACCAGUUGGAAGUUAUGAUUCUCAUAUUGGGACACCAAUGCUGUUUUAAGCAAUGAAGCUGGUUUUUUUAAAGAAGGGUGUAAUGCCCUGAAACUCGCAUGAUGUUUGACGAGUUUUAAAAAUAUAAUGCAUAUGUUCUGAGAACAUCUUGUGCAGCGCUGUAAUGAGUAGCUCAAAUGAAACUUGUACCAGGAACUGGCAUUUAAAUGGAAGUUAUUUCACAUUUUUUGUGCCUCAGCCAAACAAGUGAUUUUUCUAUCAACCAGAGCACACAUGAAACGCUUACCAUAACCGAUUUGAUAAAAUCCUAGUUCUAGACUUGUGGAGCUUAUUUUUCUUCCCCCAAGAUGUGGGCCUGUGUGUGGAAAAGACAGCAAUGGUGGUACAGUAACUAUUGAUGGGUGGACUCAUUUAUGUGCACAAAAUGCACAAGUGAUAAAUGCUGCUGGGACUACUACUGCUAUGGUAGAUUUGGGUAACAUUCUUCGUAACACAUGCUAUGCAAGGUCAUUUGACCAUUUCAUAUAGAAGUCUGCAAAAACUCUUGUCACAUUAGUCAUUUUCAAAGCACAAAGUGGUUUCAUGAUACACUUCCAUUGUUUCAUUCAAUGAGCGGUUCACCAUAGAUUGAAAUGACGAUUUUGCGUGUUUUAUGUGUACUUGAAUGUAAAUGUGGCUUUAUUAUUUACUUAAGAUAUUUUGAGGAACACAGCACAAUUUUUGCAGUGAACCUUAGCAGAUAAACUGCGUAGUAGGCGAUGACCAUGUUUGGACUUUUUUUCAAGACAUAGUGCAUGUAAAACAUGAGCCUGGAGAAUAUGUGCAUGGCAGUGGAAUUUCUGCAUCUGCUUCUUAAUAGUACAUGUCUCUAAGAGUCAUUGGCACAGCAUCAUGUUGUGGUGUCUUGACUGGUGAAUUGACUGAAGUAUUAUGAACUGCAGUGAAAUGUCCCUGAGUGUAAGACACUUUUGAUGCAUUCCUCGCGUAUCCUGAUGCAGUUUUGACAAGUUUGAAUGUCAUGUUUUAAGCAACUAUGGGGUGUGAUGUGGUGUUGAUUUUUGUGUAAAUAUUGGUAUUGAAAUAUAGUGUUUUCUCUUUGGAUUACCAA